GACCCCCCCUCCCCCCUUUGCGCAUGCGCAGCCACAGCACUUCCUGCUGUGUGUUUGCAGACGGAGCGAUGGCAGCGGGGAGACUUUCUCUGGCGUGUGGAGUCGCUGCGGCCCUGCUCUGCUCGGCGGUGCUGGCGUUCGUGGAGGAUCUGGAUGAUACAUUUAAAGAGACUAGAGUGAACGACAUCUGGCUGGUCGAUUUCUAUGCACCGUGGUGUGGUUACUGUAAAAAACUAGAGCCAGUAUGGCACGACGUGGGAAUGGAGCUGAAAACCUCUGGGUCGCCGGUGCACGUGGGAAAGAUGGAUGCCACUGCAUACUCUGGGAUGGCGUCGGAGUUCGGUGUCCGUGGUUACCCCACGAUAAAACUGUUAAAGGGCGAUCUCGCCUACAACUACAAGGGACCAAGGACAAAAGAUGAUAUUGUGGAGUUUGCGAACAGGGUGUCGGGACCGGCCGUCCGAGCACUUCCCAGCAAGCAGAUGUUUGAGCACAUGAUGAAACGACAUGAUGUGCUCUUCCUGUACGUCGGCGGGGACUCCCCCCUCAAAGAGAAGUACAACGAUGUCGCCUCUGAGCUCAUUGUCUUUACUUAUUUCUUCUCCGCCUCAGAGGAAGUCUUGCCUGAGUCAGUAACUUUGCCAGAACUUCCUACGGUUGUGGUCUUUAAGGACGGAGCCCACUUCACCUAUGAUGAGUACGAGGACGGUAGUUUGUCAUCGUGGGUGAACAAGGAGCGCUUCCAAGGGUACCUGCAGAUCGAUGGCUUCACGCUCUAUGAGCUUGGAGAAACAGGCAAAUUGGUGGCGAUCGCGGUCAUCGAUGAGAAGGACCCCACAGAGGAGAGUGGCAGAUUAAAGAGCUUGAUUCAGAGGGUGGCGAAGGAGUACAGAGAGCAUUUUAACAGAGACUUCCAGUUUGGCCACAUGGACGGGAAUGACUACAUUAACAGCCUCAUUAUGGGCGAGGUGACGGUGCCCUCCGUUAUAAUCCUCAACACAUCCAACGAGCAGUACUUCCUGCCCAGUGAGCCGAUUGAGACCAUGGAGCAGCUGGUCCAGUUCAUCAGCAGCGUUUUGAACGGCUCUGCACAGGCAUAUGGAGGUGACGGCUUCAUUCAGAGGAUCAAGCGUGUGGCCUUUGAUGCAAGAUCCACCAUUAUGUCAGUGUUUCGCAGCUCUCCACUGCUCGGCUGCUUCCUCUUCGGCCUACCGCUGGGCGUAAUUAGCCUGAUGUGCUACGGCAUCUGCACAGCGGAGUCGGACGAUGGUUCGGAUGACAUAGAUGCGCUCAAGAGGGAGGGCCUGACUGAUGAAGAAGAGGAAGACGAGGAGGAGGAGGACGAGGAAAGGCAACGCGCCGCUGAACUGGAGGGUCCAGAAGAAGGAGAGAACGAGGAGGAGGAGGAGGAUUUGGGAGAGAAGGAUCCUGAAGAGAAGAAAACAGAUUAACACAGGGGCUCCUGCCGGAUAGAGGAUGAUAGGCCUAGUCAAAUGCAGUGAAAUGAAACUCAAAGACAUAUCAAUGUAUUACUGCUCUGCUUCUUUGUUUUUCAUCUCACUUCCCAUCAAAGCCCCUCUAGCACGGACUGUUCUGUGAAUUCUGCGUGUCGGUGUGUGAGGUCAGCCGCUCAGCGAAGCCAUCGAAACUUACUGCAAUUUUUAAGAUCGGAGCAUAGACGCCGAAUAAUAUCUUUAUUUCUACGGCACCUUUUUCAAAACAAAAGUUACAAAGUGCUUCACAGAGCACUGGAAUACUGAAGGGUAAAUAAAACAUAGAAGCAUUAAAGUGGACAGGUUAAAAAGCUAAAGGCAGAAAAUAGAUUGUGAUCAUAAAGAUGCUUGGGUUUUUUCGAAGGGCCCCGAGUUCCUCUGGCGCCUCGACGGCAAACGCUCAGUUGGGACGGCUGUGAUUCAAACGUACCACUUCAUCAGUGGUCUGCCCCAUGUGACGCGUGACCCUUUCCCCGCCGUCGUUUUGAAACCACAUAUUCUAUCCUCCAUUUUAUUCUCAUACCCCGAUCUGUCUUUUUCUUUCUUUUAGUCUAAUUCAAUAGAUCUUUCUGUAGUAGAAACAAAAUUUUGCCUUCAAACUAAAUUGAAAAAUACACGUUUUAUACCUCGUCAAACCCCCACACCCCUCAGCCAAAGUGUAGGCGUAUCUUGUCUAGUGAUUGACGUGUGUAGAAAGCUUAGGAAGUGCCCAAGAAGGAAAAUCUGCCAUAUGUGAAUUGUGCUUCCCCCAAUUGUCUGUUACUACCUGGAAAUAUUUCCUCUUCUUGUUUUCCUAGGAAGGUGCAAAGUGCCGAGACAGUCACUCAUUUCUACUCACUCCUCACGCCAGCCCCCUGUUAGGGUCCAUUUACGUGGCCGCUUGGUGGUAAUUGGUAUCAGUCCGUCUGAUUCCGACCCAUUUCAACUCCCUGACAUGAAAACCUUUAGUAUAGAAGGCCUGUGCCUAUAAAGCAGCGGACUCCCAUAACAUGCAUCAGCAGCUCCUGUGGCUUUUAACAACUCAUAUUCCUCAGAUAGACUCUGGCUCUGUCUGUUUCCAUAUUUCAAUCGGUCCUCCAUCACUGCUUUCUAUAUUGAAUUUCCUAGGCAGGUUGAAGUUUACAUCCCAAUGCACUGAGACGUAGAUUUAAGCUUACAAAAUAUGAGGACUGUCUUCCUACUACUGAGUUUUUCCUCUUUUCAUUUUUUUUUGUAUUUUGUUAAAAAUCUGCUAUAGUCAGUUGGCUAAAGCCUUAUAAAUCCUCCCCUCUCCUAUUUCCAUACCCUUGUGGCUAAAGUGUAUGUAAAAGCUAAAAUCAAGUUGGGGUUAUUGCUUUCUCCUGAAUUCACCUGGCCGCCUACUUUAAAAAGGAAGUGUUCGUAAUAUCUUCUACACCGAGUCGGAUACCGUUUUAUAAGAAGUACGCAGUGCACCUUGUUGGAUUUGGGGUCCAGUGGUGCUUCGUUGGCUGUUCUGGUAAAAUAAAGCACCUGAAAACAUGUUUCCUUACUUUUUGUUCUGUAUAAAGUUGAAGGUAACACAACUCUCAAAAACUCUAGAUUUGAUUCACAGCGGCAUUUCCAUGGCAACAAUUUAAUACUUCACAUUGCCUUUAUUUUUCCUUUACAGCCCAGCCCACUUCAAACCAGUGAGACGAGCUCAGUCAAAACUCGGAACGCUAUAAAAAGCUCUUGUGUUCAAUAACCACUUUGUUUCCACAUUUGGCCGAUGUUAUCGUGCUGGAGCCCGUUGCUCCAAAUGAGAGCUGUAAUUACUUUAAAUCAGUUGUUCAACAUUUUGGUAAAUAUGCUUGUUCACCUGUUCUGUUGAGAUCUAAUACAACUCUCAUGCCAUGUGCAGUAAACAGGAAGCUAAUGGCACCCACCAGGUAGCUUAGCUUUAAAACUGGAAACUGGAGAAAAGGGUUAAUGAAAUCUCCUUAGAUCAUACAAAGAAGAAGAAGAUAUUACAUCCUAAUUAGUGAGAGGAGGAGAGAUAUCGAUCUUAUUAUGUGACUCAAACAAACCGUUUACCCGAAUGUUGAAGUAUUUCUUUGAAGACGUAUGCUCAGUACUCACGUUUAUUUUCUCUUCGUUUGUUCCACCGCGUUGAUUUAAAACUUUCAUACAUUAUACGAAAUGCACAAAGCUCCAAGGAUGUUUGAAUAAGGAGAAUAAAAGAGGAUUUCUUUCAAGGGAACAACAAUAUACGAUGAUGAAUGAGCGUAAAGAUUCAUCCUUGACCUCAGGAACAGUAGCUGCAUGGAGUAAUUUUCACUCGAGGACCUUAGUACUUCCUACUAUCAAGUCGACCUUGAGUUACAAGAUUGCAAUGAAUGUUUUGAGCUGUUUAUCCUGUUGUUGAGUAGAGCUAAUAGCUAAUGCAGGGGCGGGGAACCUUUUCCCUAUCAAGGACCAUUUAAAUUUUUAUAAUCAUCCUCUUCAAGCCACUUCCAUGUCUGGUUGAGUGGUAUUUGUUAUGUCUGUUGUUUCUUUGCGGUGUCCUUGUGGUGUUGUUGUACAAGGUUGUGUCAUAUAGGAAAUCUGCUUAGCGGCAGUUCUUCCAGACAGACACCAGCGCUCGCAGCUUCACAAAACUAGGCUCUCCAAUUAACACAAUCUUUCCCACAAAGACUUGCCUCUGUAACAUCGUCGGGAUUGUGUCGUUGUGUAAGCUGAUUGUUGGGCACCCGAACUUUACUUCAUCCGAUCGCAUUUGUCCUUGCAACUCGUGUAGUUUAGCUGUAAAAACACCCAUGAUUGGCCUUUUUCUUCACCGUGAGCUCGUCCCUGUAAACUAGAUGAAGUUACUACCCUCCCCCUCCCAAAAGAAAUCUGUUUUCUUUUGGAAAGUACGACGUCUUUUCCAAGUCUACUUUUCUUUUCUUGACAGUUGACGCGUGACAUGAAUCAUCCCCCUGACCUGACAGGCCUUCAGCCAAAAGCGUCAACCCUCAUGGACGUGGUAGUCUGCUACUCUUAUUUUCUUUCUAUCUCAGAAAAAAAAAAAAAUUAAUUGCUGUUGUGACUUAUUCAUGAAAUGGCUCGCAGGCUAAAUACAAACCACUUAGGUAGGAGUCUCCCCACCCCUGCUCUAGUGCUUAGCCCCGUUUGAACCUUUUUGCAAAGUGUAGCUGAGAAAUACGAUGGCUUCAGGUUUUGUUUUCUCGUUGUCGCUCAUUCCAUUGUGCUUUUGCAGCUCAGUAAAUCUCGUAACUUGAUCGACUUAGGCGCCUCAACCUAAGCACACCUGUUAUAUUUACCAUACAGAGGUUAUCUGUGUCAUUACUGUGAAUCUGCACUAAAGGAAAAACACGCCCUCGUCUUGCCUUUCUGGUCUUUGUAGUUGCCUGCCAUUCUCUGCCAAACGUGGGUUUGAAUCGAGAGUGUCACACUUUAAUACAGGUUUGGAAGAUUGAAAUAAAGAUUGUCCUCUUUU